AUGAUUAGGAGUUCUUAUGCGUUCAUCAACCUGGUCAAGGCUAUGUGUGGUGUGGGCGUGUUCGCCCUACCAGUAGCAUUCCAACAAGCAGGAUUAUGGACCGGUGUUAUUUUGACCUUCCUCUUGGGAGUCGUGAAUGCACAUUCGAUGAUGAAGCUCGUCAAGUGUUCUCAAUACUUGUGCCACCAGAAGGCUCUCAACGAAGAAACGAAUAAGCUAGAUACGAUACAGCCGGUCAGACCCAUGGAGAAAAGCCGCUAUGAUGCAUCGGAUAAUGCGAAGAACAAACCAGAAGCUGUGGCACUAAAGAAGGAUUUCGAAGAAUUUGAGAAAGGAGAAUCAGUAGAGAAGCGAUUUACUCUGAAUUAUGGUGAUAUGGCACACGAAGCUUUUGCAACGCAACAGUCUAAAUCUUUGAGAAGGCUAGCAAAGCCCAUGAAAAUCGCAGUGAAUGCAUGCAUAAUUGGUCUACAGCUAGGAAUCUGUAGUGCCUUCUAUAUCUUCGUCGUGGAUCAUGCAAAAGAGGUCCUCGACUUUCUGUUUUCUACAGAACUCUCACGUGACACUCUAUUCUUCACUAUUCUACCAUUCUUCAUACUCAUUGCUACCGUGCGCAGCUUGGUAGUGCUGUCAUGGAUAGGACUUAUUGGAAAUGUCCUGGUUGUAGCUGCUAUUCUCAUCAUUUUAGGGGUGAGUUUAAGCUAG